GUUCUCCUCACGGACGCGCGGGGAGGAGGAUAACUGCCGCAGACGUAAACGUAAACGCGCUCUGACAUGGCAUGCGGCAAAGCGAAGACAAGAAGAGAAGCGUGUUACUGAGGGAGGGAACCGGACAGGACACGACAGGACAGGACAGGGGGAGGACAACUUAACUGCUUUGCCAUCCGACUCCCAGUGACCCCCCUCUCCCUUCCCCGGGCGGUCACAGCAGGCAGCCAGGGAGUCGCCGCCGUUAGCAAGACUAGCUAACCGACACCAACGGGCAACAUCCAAGAGCGUCUACAAAACAGGUGUACGGUUUCAUCACACGGACACGGCACCAGCAGCUAACAAGCCUGAUCUUUCCACAUGCUAGUCUCCCAUGUCCGAGCUGGGACUUUUAUUUAUUCAUUUAUAACCAGUGGAAGCCGUGGUUUACCUGGCCAUGCUGCAGAAUUAGCGAAAUGAAGCUGUUAUUGUGAGGCGCUGGACAGGGCUCAGCUCUGAAGACUAAAGCCCAAACAGGAGGCGAGGCACAUCCGACACACACAACAAAGCAGCCCCAAGCCACAAUAAGAGAAGAGGGAGUGGAAUAGCACCUGGGGACGCAGCUCACCUGCACCUGACGUCUGGAGAAAUAUACUCUUUUUGGAUUUUAUGAAGAAAAGUGCCCCCCCCUUCCAACCAGUCACAAGUGCUCUUCAAUAUGAAUACAGAUAGCGGUGGAUAUGCUCACAAAACUGUGGCUUUGUCGCUUAUACUUUCUCCCAUGAAGAGGGUCCAGAGCUACCCCAAUCUAGCUGCAGGGAAUGAUUCUCACUCUUCAGACUUGGAUUCAUGGCGCUCCAGCAGUGUCACAGACGGCCUUAAAAAUGGAGAUGCCAGCAGCUCCUCACUCGCUGCCAAAGGCUUCCGCAGUGUCAGGCCCAAUCUGCAGGACAAAAGGUCACCCUCACAGGACAUGGAUCACAUGCCACCCCCCCCUCCCCGACGAGACAGUUUUCAUUUCUCACUCCCUGGCACUAAUCCACCAUCUUACAGCUCCCUCGUGGCCCUUGCCAAUGACUUGAGCCCUGGAAUGCUGCAGUUUACCCAGAGCGAGAAUGCCGUUGUCAAAGAGUCCUAUACUAUAAAAAGCACAUCCUCCUAUGCCUACUCCGAGACCACUGAGCAGUCCUUGCCAGCAGCACCCAUCCCAAUAAUAUCACAGCCUACAGACGCAGAAGAUGUAAACAGCGCAUCUAACAUGUCUAACAUCCAGGAACGUAAAAUAUCUUCACUCAAAUUAACCCCGCUCACCAUCCCAGACCCACCUGCUCACCUCAACUCCUACAUCAGUACUGACUCAAAAACUACAACCAUUGCUCGAAAAAUCGCACAGAACGACCCUACCCCUUCAGAACCCUCAUACCAGGCCGCCUCAGCGUACGUCAACCUGGGAACUGAAAGCGUUCAACAGCAAGAACAACAGCCCCCUCUGCCUGCCGGAGAGCUGAAGGAUGUCCCAGAUCCAUAUCCGAAGACAGAACCUCCCAAUGGUCCUGCCCACACGGAGAAGCCCCCACCAGCUGUACCUCCAAGACCUUCGGCUGCACAUAUCUUGGGCCCUCCCUCUCCAGACUCCAGUGCACACCACUCCCCCUACCGCUUCCACAGCUCUGAGUACCUGGACUAUCUGUCUGGCAUCUUGCCCAAGGCCCUGUCUCCCACCCCAUAUGUCCCCAGUGGGGCCAGCAGUACUGUAGGUACUGUGAGCGGGCCGAGCCUUAGCGCCGCGGGCAGUUCCAGCAUCAGUGGGUUCGCAUCGCCCUCCACCUCACCAGUGACCGUGUCGGCACUCAGCCACUACUCUACCUCCACGGCGGGUCUUUUGGAUGAGCUGCAGAUCUGUAGUCUGGAUUCCCCCGGCGCCUCUCCCACCCCGUCGCCCACUCUGAGCCUCGCCUCCGCCUACACCUCCACCACUGGGGCUGACGACGCUCUAACCGCCCCCGUGUCCUCCUCUGCUGCUGCCACCGCUGUCACUAAUGGCCAGGUCCUGUCUCAUGCCAUGAAUGGUAGCACUGGUCCUCCACAGCGACCCCUCUCUCCGACGUCCUACCCCACUCCUCCCAAAUCUCUUCACAAAGGCGUACAUAGGCAGAGCAGGAGUACAGAUGGGAGUGAAUCUGUUUCAAGAGAAUCCAUAGUUAGCGGCCACACGAGCGUCACCGUGCCCAUCGCCCGUUUCUCAGAAGAAGAGAAGAAAGUAUCAGUCAUAAAAGCCCCUCAUUAUGAAGGCAUUGGACCUGUGGACGAUACUGGCAUUCCUAUUGCAAUACGCACUACAGUGGACAGGCCAAAAGAAUGGUACAAAACGAUGUUCAAGCAGAUCCACAAAGUUCACAAAGCCGAUGAUGACUAUUCCGACACAUAUAAUGCAGCAUAUGCAGUAAUAAACAAUGAUGACUACAGUCUGCCACCAAGCGUCACUUUGGCCCAUCCUCCACCUAAGACUCACACGUACAGACCACUUGCCAAAAGCCCCUCCGACAACGGGCGCCAUCCAGAGCCCACGCCUUCGCCCGUCCCCCCACCCUCUCCUGCUGUGCCCUCCAUCCUGCAGCUACGAGCACGAGACAGCGACCGGGGCAAGGAGGGGUCCGAUAUAAGGAAUGAAUGGGGCCCUCCCGACAGGAAAGUAGAUACGAGGAAAUAUCGCGCGGAGCCUAAGAGUAUUUUUGAAUAUGAGCCUGGAAAGUCGUCUAUUUUAGAGCAAGAGAGACCGACGUAUGAUGACAUAGAUUUAGAGAACGAGCCUUGGUAUAAGUUCUUUUCCGAACUGGAGUUUGGGCGGCCGCCUCCUAAAAAACGGCUGGAUUAUAAUCCAGAUAUCUCCGCUCGCCAGCGCAUUGAGGCAUCGCUGCACAUUGCUUCGUCCGAGAAAACUCCGGAGGGAUCUGCAAGUGUGGCCAGUGACUACAGGAAAAGACGAAAGUCAGAGCCCUCGAAUGCCCACACAAAUGCUCAUCAGUUCAGAGGUGUGACAUCGCCAAAACCUGCUGAACCCUCCCGACCCAGCAGCAGCCUGAAAAAAACUGUGGUUCGCUCUUCUCCGUCUUCACCCUCCAGAGCCAAAGGUGGGGAAGCAUGCAACAUGUAUCCAAACAGUUUACGCUUUCCAGCCUCUCAUAAAAGCCCCUCAUUACCUCCUCUUCCUUCGGAGUCUGCAGACUGCAUGGAGGACGGCAGCCAAGAGGGCAGUUCCUCGUCUAAACAGUCUGUUUUUAAGAGCAGCUGGCCCAGUCAACAGGGCGAUACAGAAACCUGGAGCAGUGUGGAGGAGGUGCCGCCUUCCACCCGUAAAGUCAAGUCUCGCAGCUGUGAUGACUUACUAAACGAUGGGCACUCGGGCACCAAUGGACGUGGUGCCACUCGCUCAGAAAGUGCAGGGUCUUUACUGUGUGAUGGACUUCCCUCAGGUUCCACAGCAUCCACCUCUACUUCCUCUUUGCCCCGACUUCACCGGCGUCGGGCCCAUGACUCACCGGGCUUUCUACAGCUCUAUAAGAAAAUGCACCACAUCGACCGCUCUCAGCUCAUCCCUUCUGAUGUGAUCCGCUCUGUACGAGCCCGCAUUCUGGAGCUGGAGCGCCAGCCUCAUCUUCUUCGCCAUCCCUUCCCUCCAUGGAGACCCUCAUGGGGCAAAGAGGUGUCACGUGACAUGGUGCCAAAUCGUAUUUCUGAAUAUGAGCGCCUUAUACAAAAAUCUAAAUCUAUGCCUAACCUGGGGGAUGGUGAAGCACCAUCAGGCACUGUGACUCCUGGUGGCUCCUCAUCUCGAGCCAGCAGUGGGGGCAAUACUCCGAGUUUACCUAAACGCCGCUUUUCUAUAGAAUCUUUACUAGAAGAAGACAGCAAUGGCAAUGACACAGCACAUACCAUUGAUCAUUUGCAGCGACCGCGUAGUCCACCGGAGGGGCAGCCUCGCGUUGGCCCAGAGCCCAAUCGGGGAAACUCUUUUGCAGCUCCGCCUCUGCCUCGUGCUCCCCAGGUGCCCCAGGACUACUCAGACAGUGAGCAGGACGCUGUGGCAUCAGAUCUGAGCGACUUUAUUCACGUGGAGGGCUCGUCUUUCUGCAGUGAAAGUGACUUUGACCACUGUUCCCUAACCUCCACAGAGAGUCUUUACGGCUCCUCCUCACUACACCACCAUCACCUGCGUCACCAGCAUCGCCAUCAGCACCAUCAUCAUGCAGGGCAUCAGAGUGUGGGCCAGAGCCAGGGCUACCAACACCGACACCUUAUCAGCUCCUGCAAGGGCCGCUGUCCUGCCUCAUAUACCCGAUUCACCACAAUGCUACGUCAUGAGAGAGAACAGGCUCGCCAGGAGCUCCCAAGACCUUCACAUUCCAGUCACAGCAGCCAUUUACUAACACACAACCCACAGUCCCAGCAAGCGAUGUCAAAGCUGGCCUUCCUGGUCAGUCCAGUGCCUUUCCGCAGGAAAAAGGGCUCACCACCUACCUCCAGAAGAAGUGGCACAGGUCGAGGUAGCAGACCCAAGUCUAAACAGGCUAUUUAUGAAGCCCUGGAUGCUGCGCUGAGGGACAUAUAUGAGCACAUUCAGGCAGAGCGUGGCCACAGAGGCAUGAGGGCACCAGAUGACAGCAUCCUCAGGAGGAUUCUGACUGAACUGCUGCCAAACGUGCCAGAACGCAGCUCCUCUCUGAGAGGGAGGAGGGGCUGUUGGCAUGGGGGGCACUCAUCACCACUGUUACAGUCGCCGCGGAUACAGUCACCAGUCAGUGCCUGUUAUGGACGCCAUCAUGACACCUCAAACAAUAAUGAUUAUGCAGAGGGCAAUGGGAAUCUCUGUUACUCAGACCAUGAUGUCUCCAGGAGUUACUCCACUUUGGAUGGACGGCACACCCCUCAGAGCAGGAGACCCACACCAGACAGAGAGGUGUCCCAUAAACAGAUGACACAAUUCAUUCUCUUCUCUCUCCUCUAUCAGAAACAGCCUGCGAGAGCCAUUUAUGAUUUUAAGGCACAGACAGCCAAGGAGCUGACAUUUAAGAAGGGCGACACGGUCAACAUUAUCAGACAAAUAGACAGCAACUGGUUUGAAGGGGAGCACCGUGGACGGGUUGGGAUAUUCCCCAUUUCUUAUGUAGAGAAGAUGCCAUCAUUGGAAAAGCAGCAGCCCAUCAGACCCCCUCCUCCCGCCCACGUUAGAGAAAUUGGAGAGGCCGUGGCCCGCUACAACUUCAACGCCGAUACAAAUGUGGAGCUCUCUCUCAGAAAGGGAGAACGAAUAAUUGUGAUUCGACAAGUGGAUCAGAACUGGUAUGAAGGCAAAAUCCCAGACACCACCAAACAGGGCAUCUUUCCCGUGUCUUAUGUGGACCUAGUCAAACGCUCUCCCUCCAAAAGCUCCGUCCACCACAACGACCCGCACGUGUACCCGGGCAGCAGGACGGCAAGCUCCACCCCCACCAAGCCAUUCUACCACCACCCUCCAUUCCCCUCCUCCCAGCCCGCCCCGAGAGCGCCCGAGCUGCAGGCCAUCACCAACGAGUGGCUGGCCCUCACCAUGGACCCCAGUGGGCGCUCUGUCUGUUCCACGCCCGCACCCCCCACCCCUCCCCCACUGCCUCCCGACUUCACCCCCUCCUCCAGACCCCCGAGAUCCACCGCUCCCUCACCCGUCCUGUCAUCCUACAGAGACUUCACUUCCCCUCCGCCCACACCGAGCCUAACGCAGCCCACCACAUCCCGCUAUGCACCCCUGUCACCCCCGCCCACCCCUCACCAUUUCACCCACACCCCCACGGCAUCUUAUAGCCACACGAACCGGUACACUCAAAACACAAGAAGUCAGCCAAAAACACACACAACUGAAAUUUUGCCCUCAACACGACCACAAAUUAUAAAGACAAGUCCAGUUCUUCAAACACUUACAACUCCAGAAAUUACCAAAGAGGAGCCCCCCGUGAUUGUGAAAGCGCAGUUACGAGACUCAGAAUUUAAACUAGAAGCCAGCAGUCCCUGUGAAGUGAAGGUACAAGACCCUUAUGAUGAGCUGCUCUCUAUGAUCUUGAGUGGGUCGAGUAGCACAGAGGACAUCUGUGACUUGAGGUGGUCCCAGCCAGAAUACCACCCCCCACCCACACAAACGUCCCAGCCCCACAGCGGGCUCAAGUCCCCCCACAGCGGCCUCAAGUCCCCCCACAGCGGUCUCAAUUCCCCCCACAGUAGCCUCAAGUCCCCCCACAGCGGCCUCAAGUCCCCCCACAGCGGCCUCAUGUCCCCCCACAGCGACCUCAAGUCCCCCCACAGCGGCCUCAAGUCCCCCCACAGCGGCCUUAAGUCCCCCCACAGCGGCCUCAAGUCCCCCGAAAGUGGCUUCAAGUCCCCGCAGCCCAAAGAGGCCGCCACUCGUAGGCUUUCUGGUAGGAUCUGUUUGGAGCUCCACUCACCUGUGACGGUAAAGCCCAUGUUGGAGUUAUGGGGCAGACCUGCAUCUGCGUCGCCCCUUGAGUUGGAGAGGCCAUCGUCCAUAAGAGAGAUGGCCCACACAGAGUUGUUCAUAGAGGAAGAGGAUGAGAAGGAGGAAGAGCUCAGAGAUUUAAAAGAGAGACUCAGUCCACAGGCAGAAGUCCGCUCCCCCUCCCCGACUUCACGACUCCCCAGCCCCCCCAGCAGCAGACCCCCUGCGUCUAACUCCCCCCUUUGCUCCCCUCCCCUGUCGCCUCGCGCACUCCAACUGAGCCCCUCCCCUCCCACCUCCCCCCGGCCCCCCAGCCUGCCUCACCUCUCCCUAUCGCCUCUGCCCGUGCUGUCCCCGUGCCCGUCCCCCUCCCCUCCCGUAUCCCCGCCCCCGCAGCGCCCGUCCUCCCAGCUCCCGCCCUCGCCCUGCCACUUCCGUCCGGUCCAGGCCUGUCCCGUCACCGGAUCUCCCGUUCCCCUGCACGCGCCGUCCCCUCCCCUGCCCCCCUUGUCUCCCCGCUGUCCCCCCACUCCCCCGCAGGCGUCUCACGUGGGACGUAGGUCUCCCAUGGUGAAGCAGGACCUACUGAUUGGUGGUAAACCUCCUCGUAGCCCCAUCUUGUCCCGAAGGUCCUACAUGUCUUCUGGUAGAGGUCGGAGGCGGCUCGUGCAGGAUGCGCUCCAUGGAGGAGGUGACCCGUACCAGGCCCUGUACAACUACCUGCCCCGCAAUGAGGACGAGCUGGAGCUGCGAGAGGGAGACAUAGUGGACGUGAUGGAGAAAUGUGACGAUGGCUGGUUUGUCGGGACAUCCCGGAGGAGCAAGUUAUUUGGAACCUUCCCAGGAAACUACGUCAAGCAGCUAUAAUAAUGAUUCCAGACCCUGGCCCCGCCCACUUUGGUCACAUGUCCUACUGCUGCCACAUCCCAGGAGGCAUUGGGCUCAGUUUCACACUGAACUUUUAGCUCUCACUAGCCACCUUUGACAGAAGACUGGUCUGAAAUGUGUUUUUAAACCUUAACCUUAUUUUUCUAUCCGGGAGUGACCUUUGUACGGAGCUGGAGGAGGCUUUGAAAACACACAACAGUAAUCACAACUGAGCAGACAAGGGCAAAGACAACAUUUACAUAUUUUUUUAUUAAGCUACAAAGCUGUAAUUUAAGGACGACUCCCCUCAGACUAAAACAUCCCCAAGGCUUUUUGCUUUGAGAAACAGUGAAGCUGCAGAAAUUGAAUAAACACUUUUGAACACAUUUGAAUUAUUAAUACAGACAGACGAGGACAGACUUUACUACAUUGCCAAGUUCUAAAUUCCUUUAUCAAAUAUAAAUAUGAGUUCCAUGCAUUUUUCUUUAUUAUGUAUAAGUAGGGUCUGGACAUUGUCACUUUACAGUCCAGAUUUUCGUGCUGAAUACUUCAAAUGCCAUUUUUGCUGCAUAUUAAUUGAACCGUAUUUUCAUAUUCAAUAAAAUCCUCCCCUUUAUCACCAGGACACAAAAACAGUAAAGUUUCAAACCGCGGGUAUCGCCAUAAACGACUGAAACAUCAAUUAGAAUGUACUUUUGUAUCUUCAGUGUUUAGCCAUUAGUAUGAUGCACUUUAACAACAUAAACCAGUUUGUGUUUCAACUUCCUUUAUUAUUAUUAUUUUUUAAACACUAGAGGUCACUGUGGCGCAGGCUACGGGAAGUAAUAUCCACCAAGUGUAUGCAAGAUGUCCUGAAUCUUUAGGUAUUAUAUUUAUUAGUGGCUUUUCAGUAUACAGAGUAAUAUUUUGCCAUAUUUAUGUCACACCAUUUGAAAAGUUGACAAAAUCGUUUCGGGGCUGUGCUGUUUUUAUGUUAUUUAUGUUCCGACGUGGGAGCUCUUGCAUUGCGUGGCAUCUUUUAAAAUGUGUUAUGCUAUGAAAUAAUAAGUCACCCUCACGUUCUGAUGUAUGUUUUGUUUGUCACAAUAGGAUGGACACUGAGGACAAGCACCUUACAUGUAUUUUGUUGUGGCACCACAGCCCCUCCCCGUCACCCCAUCGCGCUGUGAGAGCAGGGUGCAUUUGGGGGGUUUGUAAGCCUUUUGUAUGAGCUGUUACAUGGCCAACAUCCACUGCUUUAUAAAGUCAUGUUUUUGUCACCCAU